AUAUUUUAUAUCACUAAUAACGAAUUUAUAAAUAGUUUAAAAUCAGCAUUUUCAAUAUGUGGGAAAACAGUUUGCCCGCGCAAGAUUUUCAAUUAUUUAAGGAGGCAUUAAUUGAGGAAAAUUUAGAGAUUCAAGUAGCCAUCAUAAAACGAUUCGAAAGCCUAGCAAAAGCUCUGGGUGAAAAAAUAACAAGAGAAGAACUUCUCCCAUUUGUGGAACUUCAUUUUAUUGAACUCCAUGAUGAAAUUCUCUUCCAUUUAGCUGUGCAGUUAAAAAGUUUCAUACCUCUUGUAGGAGGUGUAGAACAUUGUCAAAUCGUGUUCGAUAUUUUGAGCAAAUUGUGCAUAACUGAUGAAAAUAUCGUUAGGGAAAAAGCCGUAGAAUCUUUAAUAUGGAUUCAAGAAGAUUUAAACGGCCAGGAAGUGGAAAGAUACAUAUUUCCAGUUAUUAUUAGACUGAUUAAAGAUGACUGGUUUACUAGCAAAUGUUCUGCUGUAAUGGUGUUUUCGCAUAUCUAUUCAAAAUUAAGUAAUGACCGAAAAUCGGAAUUAAGAAAUAAUUUUAAAAUGCUGAUUCAAGAUGAUUCACCAAUGGUGAGAAAAGCAGCUUCGAUGGCAUGUGUAAAGAUGUGUGACGUAGUGGAAGAUGGCUCUCUUAAAAGUGAAUUUGUUCCAAUUUUUAAAGAUAUCGCUCAAGAUCCGAUGGAUUCCGUAAGAGCUGGCACCAUUGAAAUCGCCUUAGCUCUUAUUAAGCGACUGGGUUCAGAAUGCUUGGAAGAGGUUAUUUUUAAAAUAAUCGAAGAAGCCAGUGUAGAUAAAUCUUGGAAAAUAAGGCAACAAUUGGCAAAAAAUCUAUCUCACUUACAAGAUUCGAUUCCAUAUCCGAAAUAUCGUGGCAAACUUAUAGCAUUAUUUCAAAAAUUAGCAAAAGAUAUUGAGGCAGAGGUUCGGUUGCCUAUGGUGAACAACCUUUUUAACUACUGCAACAGUUUAAAAGAAUCUUAUUUAAGGCAUCCACAACAUGAUAACAAUUUUGAACCAGUUUUUCAGCACAGUAUUAUGAACGUAAUUCAGAGCUUAGCGUUGGACGAUUGCGAGGAGGUUAGACUAGCACUAGCCUACAAUAUUUUACAUUUAAGAGAAGUUGUAUCCCAAGAUUGUUUUAAAACGUAUCUAAUUUCAUUUUUAUUACAAAUAAUGGAGAGUGAUGAGAGCAAUGAAGUUCAAUCCGAAAUUUUAUCGGGGUUAACUAGUUUAUAUUUAAACAUUGACCUGAUGCCUUUUCUGGGUGUCAUUAAGAAUUCGCUGAGACACGUGAUAGCUCGUUCCCGAACUAACUGGAGAGCAAGACGGUCACUUUUGAAAACUUUUAUAAAUGUGGCAAAUUGUUGCACGCCGGAGUACUUUUCCGAACAUUUCAAGAUUUACUUUGCAUCUUUAUUAGGAGACAGUGUUUACGCCGUUAGACGCAGUGCUUGCAUGGUGGUACCAAUUUUAACAAAACGUUUUGGAAUUAAAUGGGCCGCGGAACAUUUAGUACCCUUUUUUGCUGUAUUUGCAAUGGACUCCCGGUAUUUGUACAGAUUUGUUGCUUUAUUUGGUAUUAGCGAAAUGGUCAUUUCAAGCCUUUGUCCAAAACCUAUAAACAUUUUAGAUGGUUUCAAAUGUUUUAUUGAGCAGACCGACCAUGUACGUUAUUUCCAGGCUUUAAGGACUCUAGUAAAAGUGGUUCAAACAAACCACUUGGUGCAACUAAAAAUGAAGGAAUCCAAUUUUGACUCAAUGUUAAGUUUGCGCAACAAGUUAGAUUAUUUACCACAUAGUGACUUAAAAAUGUAUUCGGAGCAGUCGUCCGACGAAAUUCCACGUGUGAACAUAUAUUUUAUAGAGGAAAAUGACCUACAGAAUAACCAUUGGCCAUAUGUACAAGGAAUAUUAUAUUUAAUUUACAAUAAAUUUUUACCGAUUAUUGAGAAACUUAAUAAUGAUUAUACUGAAAACGUUCAACUGAAAGCCAUCAGCGCUCUAAAUGAAAUCGCAGAGUUUUUGCAAAAAUUAGAAGAAGAAGAAAAACAAGAAUGGGUACAACGAUCAAUACAGUCACUAAGUAAUGAAGAAAUUAGUGUUAUUAUUGAAGAAGUUCAUCUUGAGUUGAAAAACGUUCAGUUUGAAAAUAAUGUUGACCUUCUAGACGAAAUUAAAUAAAUUCUGGAGAGCUGUAAUAAAUAAUUCAAAAAUAUAGGCACAAAGUGUAGAUCGCUUGUGAAGACAAGAUAACAAUGAAAGAAAAUACUAUAUUAUUUUGUAUAAUAAUACAAAUAUAAACUAAAUAUAUUAACUUACAUUAAUAAAUUUUAAAUUUGUAAUGUUAAA